UGUGGAAUUGAAAAUAUUUCUCUUCCAAGUGACAAGUUGUGGAAGCCAGACAUCACCAUCGAAGAAAUGACCGAGACGGACAAAGCUCCCCCUCCGUAUCUCACCAUCAACAAUAUGGGUGAGGUGGAAGUUCAGGACGACCAGGUGCUCGUCAGCACCUGCAGGAUGCACAUCUACCAAUUCCCCUUUGAUAUUCAGAACUGCAACCUCACCUUCAAAUCUGUUGCACAUACUAUCAGAGACAUUCGACUCCAGCCGAGUGACAACUCCUCGGAGGCCACAGAGUGGUCUCGGGACUUGAUGCGGACCCAGUACGAGUGGCUGUUCAUGAACAUGGCAGUCACCUACCUCAACACCAGUGAUCGAUUUGGACAAGACUUUGUCGUUUACACCAUCACGAUGAAGAGGAAGCCUGUUCUCUACAUUGUUAACUUCCUGCUUCCUGUCCUCUUCUUCUUGUGCCUGGACUUGAGCUCGUUCCUGAUCUCGGAUAACGGCGGCGAGAAGCUCAGCUUCAAGGUCACCGUGCUGCUGGCCGUGACAGUGCUACAGCUCAUCCUAAAUGAAAUUCUGCCCUCUUCCUCCAACAGGAUCCCACUUAUAGCGGUUUACUGCAUUGGGAUUUUUGCCCUGAUGAUGCUGAGCCUGCUUGAGACAAUUUUGGUGAUGUAUCUGAUGGAGAAAGACUCCAUAUCAUCGGACAGCAAGACUGAAAGAGAUCAAAAUGUAAGAGAGGACGGCAGCUAUCAGAACAACACCAACAGCCACUACUGCCAUAAAGAUCCACAUAAAUGGAUUCAAGAUGCACGUAUUUAUGAAGCGUCUUCUGGUGAAACUCCGUCUGAGCUGCUGCCUGAAGAUAAAGAGGGCAACGGCAACAGACUGACAGCGCAGUACCUUGGCUUGGAGAAGCUUUCCGAUGAGCUGAAGGAGAUGCGGAAAACAUUAAUUUUGCUCCUCAAAAGCAAGAAGGAAGAGGAGAAGCUGGGCUACUGGACCGGGGUGGCUAAAAAAGUCAACAGAGUUUUCCUGAUUUUGUAUCUGACUGUGGUCAGUGUGUUUCUCGUGGUUAUCUUCUCAAAAUGGAACAAUCCAUAG